AUGUCACAGAACCCUAAUCUACAAAAGCAGGCUCAUAACCCCUCCUCAGGGUCCUUGGCUGAGAGAGUCAGAGUAACGGACACCACCACAAGGUUCUCUUUGGACCCUAUUCCCAGGCAAUCUUGUGGAACCCGACUCAGUAUACCUGAAGAGCUUCUAACAGAUUCUUCAGAAAAAUGGACAAGGUGUAUGGUCGGUUUCUGCCCUGGAUUCAAAAUGAAUUACCACAUUGUCAAUAUGAUUGCUACUAGAGCCUGGAAGAAUCAUGGGCUAGAGAACGUUAUGACUACAGCGGGUGGUUUCAUGAUUUUCAGAUUUAACAUUGAAGCAGCCAUGCAUGACGUUUUGGAGAAGGGUCCUUGGAUGUUUGGGGGAAAAGCAAUCAUCUUGCAGCAAUGGCACCCCCAUUUUGUCUUUGAUAAGAACAAGAUAUCCAAACUACCAGUUUGGAUACGAUUACAUGGUCUACCAUUUCCACUCUGGUCUAAGGCCGGUCUAAGCCUCAUAGCCAGUAUGGCAGGCCGCCCCUUAUCUUGUGAUGAACAAACUUACAACUGCACUCGCUUGGACUAUGCAAGAGUGUGUAUAGAGAUUGAUGCAGCCCUUCCACUCAUCCACCAGUUUGAAAUUGAAACACCCCUCUUUGUGGAACCUAUUAUGAUACAGGUGGAGUAUGAAUGGAAGCCUCCAAGGUGUGGAAAGUGCUGUCUAUUUGGUCAUGUAUGUCCUUCUGUGCCAUCCUUGGCUCCUACGGUAAAAGGAAAGGAAAUUUGUGAGCCUACUACAAGUAUGCGAAUCCCUCCAGCAGCUGUCAACACCCCUCGUGAGAAUACUUUUAUGGCCCCUCAAGUGGUUACCGAUACUCUCCCCCCGGUAAGUAAUGAACAUGCACUCAACAUCCCUGUUUCUAAGGUUAUGGUGCAACACCUGGCCUCCCCAGCUUCAACAAGCAACAGUGACAUUGCUCAACCUCCAGAGGAAGCCUCGCUGUUGCACAUAAUUCCUUAUGCCAACCCUAUAUUAGCAACAGCAUGGAAUGAUAAUUGUGGAUCAGACCAAGAGUCCACACAUGAUCCUCAACACAUGGAAGACUGUCAGCAUCUGCUUACUGGAUUUUCUAAUUGCAUGGAAAAUAGAAUGGCAUCCCUUACUAACAAUAGCAAUCCAUUGACAGAUACCACAGAAUCUUCACUGGAUGCCUCUUUCCCUCAAGGUACAACCUCUUCUCUUCAAGUUAAGAAAAAGAAGGGGAAGAAGUCGCAGACCAAAAUUGCUCCUGCUAACUUGAAUACUGUUACCACAAGCCUCAAUCUCCCAGCUUGGAAGUUCCUAUCGAACUCCAACACAUCCCCCACCUGCAGAAUCCUUGUGGGAUGGGAUCCCUCUAUAUUUCAUCUCUCUUGCCUCCAGCUUUCUGACCAGUGGGUGACUUGUAAUGUGUUUUCCCUUACUACAAAGGAAACUUUCCAAAUUACCUUUGUAUAUGGGCUAAACACCCCCGCUGGUAGAAGCUCCUUAUGGAACUAUAUCACUCAGCAAGCUCCCCUACUCUCUUCCACCCCAUGGUUAUUAUUAGGAGAUUUCAAUGCAAUCCUCAAGUCCUCAGACAGAGCAGGGGGUGAUCCGAACUGGUAUGGGCAUCAGAAUGAUUUCGACACUUGCAUUCAAGAUACUGAGUUAAUUCAGCUUCCCUACUCCGGUCUAAAAUUCACCUGGCACAAUGGACAGUUAGGGGGUAAUUCUAUCAUGAAGAAACUUGACUGGAUCUUUGCUAACCACUCCUUACUCCUCAAAUGGCCAUUAGCUCAUUACAAGGUCCUCCCUAGGGAUCACUCCGACCACAGCGCCAUGAUAUUAGAGUUCCAGCCUCACUUGCAGCGACCACCUGCUUCUUCCUUUAAGUUUCUGAACUUCUGGGCUGAUAGGGAGGAUUUCCUGGAUAUUGUUAGAACAAUUUGGCAUACACCUUCUUCUGGUAACCCCAUAUACAGUUUUACAUCUAAGCUGCAGGCCCUCAAGCAUGCCCUAAAGAAUCUGCAUAGACACAAUUCAAAUCAUAUCUCUACGAGGAUGGCUGAUGCUAAGGCAGCAUGGACCGCAACUCAGGUCAUGUUGGAUUCAUCCCCCACCAUACCUGAUCUCAUUACUUCAGAAAGGGAUAAAGCCAAACUCUUUGCCCGGCUUAGCAAGGAUGAAGAAGCUUUCUACAGACAACGCUCCAGAAUUCAAUGGCUGCACUUGGGGGAUAGAAAUACAAAAUUUUUUCACCGAUCUCUGCUCCAUCGACAAUCAAGAAACAGGAUCCAUGCUUUAGCAGAUGAAGCAGGACACAUUAUCCAUGACCAAAAUGAUUUGGGACAUUUGGUUGUUCGGUAUUAUCAAAAUCUCUUAACAGCCCCUCCUCAACCCGAUGAGGAUAUCUCACGACUGUACUCUUCUUUAAUAUCUCCUGCACAGCAAUCAGGACUUGAGCAGCCAGUCACAAAUGAAGAGAUCAAAGCAGCCCUUUUCUCUAUUCCUGAUGAUAAAGCCUGCUGGGAAACAAAAGCCAUCGGUGGACACAGAAGCAAAGGAAAGCAGAAGAAGGAGCAGAGGAGAGGACGCAGUCUCGGCCAGCCAGAACUGCUGCAUAACCAUCACCUAAACAAGGGCCCGGCUAGAUGUGCUCUAAAGAUUGAUCUAAAGAAGGCCUUUGAUAUAAUAAGCUGGCAAUUCAUCAUUAAAGGUCUGCAAUGUAUUGGACUUCCAGAACGCAUGAUCACAUGGAUAAGAGCCUGCAUCUCUUCGGCUUUCUUCUCAGUGGGAAUUAAUGGUUCUCUUCAUGGUUUCUUCCCAUCUAGCAGAGGCCUCAGGCAAGGUGACCCCCUUUCUCCCUAUCUUUUUGUGAUAGCCAUGGAAGGUCUAGGUGGUAUGCUUCGGCUGGUUGCUCAGAAUCCAAGUUUCAAAUUCCACUGGAGAUGCAAACAGAAUUCCAUCACUCACCUAGCAUUUGCUGAUGACCUUAUGGUCUUCUGCCAUGCUGACUUAGCCUCUGUGGAAUUAAUCAGAGGAGCUCUGGACUCUUUUGCUAGCAUAUCAGGUCUGAUCAUAAAUCACAGGAAAAGUUCUGUUUUCCUCUCGGGUGUAGAGGAUAGCAUCGGGUUGGCCAUCACAAACUGCCUCCAAUUCCAACUAGGAGUCUUGCCGGUCAAAUACCUGGGAGUUCCCCUCAUCAGCUCAAGACUUUCUCGUCAACACUGCACUCUAUUAGUUGAAAGAAUUGUCUCAAGGAUCCGCUUGUGGACCUCUGCUUCACUAACAUAUGCAGGCCGGCUCCAACUUAUCAAAUCCACUCUUUUCUCCAUUCAAGUCUACUGGUCAAGUCUCUUCAUCCUGCCUACUUUCAUAAUCAGACGAAUUAAAGGCAUCUUUGCUGCCUUCAUUUGGAAGGGCACGUCCCUCACCCCUACAGGUGCUAAAGUUGCAUGGGCUUCUCUCUGCUACCCAAAGUCUGAAGGAGGAUUAGGGAUAAAAAGAAUCAAAGACUGGAAUAAGGCAGCUAUACUCAAGCUGGUCUGGAGGAUCCUAACGGAAAGUUCUUCAGUUUGGGUGUCCUGGAUUCAUUCUACUCUUCUUCGUGGUCGCUGCUUCUGGUUCUAUACUGCUCCCUCUUCCUCCACUUGGUCCUGGCGGAAGCUGCUUCUUAGCAGAACUUGGAGUAAAGGUUACUUUGUCCCUUUCAUUGGUAAUGGUCGUCACACAUUUCUUUGGCUGGACUACUGGCUUCCAAGUGGCAGAAGACUAUGCGAUCUCCUCCCUUUCCGAUUGCUAUCAUCUACUCAUCUGCCUUGGAAUGCAAAAGUGGCUGAAAUCAUAUCAGGAGGCAUUUGGGCAUUCCCAGAGGGGCACGUUGAUCUCCUGCCAUUCUAG